AGCCCACAAAAUAUGAUAGCUCAAUCUCAAUCUGGAACUGGAAAAACAGCAACAUUUCUGCUUGCAAUGCUAUCACGCGUCAACGCAGAUGUUCCUUACUGCCAGUGUCUCUGUAUGGCUCCUACACGUGAACUUGCCCUACAGAUAGAUUCAGUUGGUCAGAAGAUGGCAAAAUUUAUGUCUGGAGUAUCAUUUGCUACAGCUGUUCGUUCUCCACGAGGUACACGAAAUUUCGCAAACUGUUAUUCAGUUUUUCUUGUAUAUAAUUUAAAUUAG